AGUCGCAGUUUGUCGUUGCUUGAUUGCAGUCGAUUCGAUUUUGUUUUGUCGUUGUCUAAAUACGUAUUAAUAUUUUUUGAGCAGAAAUUAUGUCGGAGGGCGAAUCGAAAUUUGGCUUCAAGGACAUGGAGAAGGCGUUGGAGACGCUCAAGCUGCUGGAGAGUCAUGAUAUGCAGUAUCGCAAACUGACCGUCCGUGGUCUUUUGGGACGUGCCAAACGUGUGCUCACCAUGACAAAGGCAGCCGAGAAGCUAAAGAACAUUAACGAUGCUAUCGGUGUGUUCGAACAGUGGUUGGAGGAGAAUGGUGGUGGUGCGUCCAGCAAGAAUGCAAAGACUGAUGGCGAUGAUAAGGUGGAGACAGUGCCCGGACUGGGCUUUAAGGACAAGGCAGCGGCGGAGGCAACGCUGAGCAUUUUGGAGGAACGUGAUCCGGAUUACCAAAGACUCGCGAUCAAGGGUCUUAUUGGCAGCUCGAAGCGAGUGCUCUCCGGAACCAAGAGCGAGGACAAGAUUCAAUCCAUCAAGGAGGGUGUACAGCUGCUUGAGGACUUUCUCGAAAAAUUCGAAACGGAGAAUCGCAUCAAGGACAACCGCGCAUAUCUGCCACAUGCAUUGGUGGCCAAGUUGCCUGAGCCAAAACAGGAGCUGGCUGCUGAAUUCCUGGCUGCGUAUGGCGGUGACAAGGCCAAGGGCAACUACAAGCACCUGCGUACAAUGUAUCCAAAGGAGGAGGACAGCAAGAGUUGGGAUAUCGUUCGCAAUCGUCAAAUAGCCAAAUUAUUGGAGCAAAUCAAGAGCGAGGGAGCCAAGCUGUUUGACGUGGAGACCGGUGCGCCCAGUGAACUGCACUUGGAGCUGAUACACUGGGCAUAUAGUCCGCAGCCGGACAAGGUGAAGAGCUAUGUGGACAAGUUGGCCAAGAAGUCACCGGAGAAGCGAAAACUGGAAAGCGAUAGUAGCAGCGACGAUGAUAAGUCCACCAGUAGCUCCGGAUCCGAGGAAAAAGCAGUUCCUAAGAAGAAAAAGAAGGAGGAGUGAAACGUAAAAACCACAUGCGUACACGGAAACACGGCAGAGCUUUGUGUAACGAACAGAAAACGGUUUAUACUUUAUUUAAAUACGCCAACUCAACCUCAACGCGAUUACAUUUCAGUGGUUUUGUAUAUAUAUGAAUGUAAUUAUAUUUAUGUGUGUAAACGAUGCUGCUUAGGCCUCGCUAAGAUGGGCUAGACAUCUAACGAAAGCCAUCUAAUAACCAAAUACAAGAAAAUUUAAUAUAUAUAUUUUAAA